CGCGCGCUCACCUCAGAGGCGGAGGCCGGGCCUGGCGCAGCUCCUCCCCCGGCCCCGCCGGCGAGUGCGGAGAUGCCGGGGCCGGGGCCGGGGCCGGGGCCGGGCUGGGCCCUCGCGCUGCUGCUGCUGGCGGGCGCGGCGGCGGCGGCGGCGACGCCGGGGCCUGAGGAGGCGGCGGAGCGCAGCCGGCCCUACGCCGUGCUGCAGCGCCAGAACCUGGUGCUGAUGGGGAGUAUCUUCAGUAUCCUGCUAAUCACCAUGAUCCUGAUGGCAGUGUGCGUCUACAAGCCCAUUCGAAGACGGUAGCAGAGCACGAGCGGCUAAAUACUAGAUCAAUCACAUUGCAUGUGGAAACUUUGGGAUCAAAGCACUGGUACUUGUUACAACUGAUGUGCUAUAUAGCUGCUGUAAAACCAACCAGGCUUGUACCCCGAGCUCUGGCUUGUAAGCGCCUAAGUCACUUGUGAAAGUGGGUAAGGGUGUCUCUCUUUUCUAGCAUAACCAGUUGUUCUUUUGCAGAAACACACCCGAAACUGCCGUACUAGGGCAACUGCUCUUAAACACACUACAGUUAGGGUCUGGCAAUCUCAUCCCUCAUUUUCAGGAGUUUGUACCCUGGAAAGACCCAGAUAUUCAAACAUGAAUGGCUAGAGUUAGACAACAACUAAAUGUGGCCAUCAGCCUGGCAGCACUUCUGUAGAUGUCUAACUGAGCACUUGUUUGGAAACAUUAGCUGCAAACUGCACUUGCCAUUUGUCCUAAUCCUGACAGGAGAGGCUACUACUAUAUGAAGUCUUUUACUUUGCUAGUGUCCAUAAGAAUGCUUUUCCACACAGAUUUAUUGCAUUUUUGAGUUCUGCUCUUGGCUCCUGGGUGGGUUUGUGAUAGCAACAAACUUCAUGGACACUAAACACAGCAUCUGCGUGUUUCUAAAACAACAUGCCACACUUUACAAAGGGUGGGUCACGUACCAUUUCUGCUAGUUACUGAUUAAACUUCACCAUAAACCUGCCAAAGUCCAUGAUAUCUAAUCUCUCACACACCCAGUGCCCUAAUAAAGUAUCUUGGCAGGAGUGACAUUAUAAAAUGGAAAGCUUGAGUUUUGAUUUCUCUCCUAAACAUCUUUAUUUUGCAAGUAAUCGCAUGCAUCAGAUUGCAUUUUCAGGUUUUAUAGUUUUAAGGAAUUCAGUUUUCUGUUCUAGCGUGGAGUACUGCUGGUUUCUAGCAUUGUCUUAUUAAAAUCACUCAGGGCAAAUAUCCACCAGAAUCAGAAACCUGGCUUUGUAAAGAUGGCCAUAUGCACAUAUCUGAACUAAAAUACAGAAACGUGAGACAAACAAGGCAAGGAAAACAUGUCGGUUUGCUAAGUACUUUUAGCUGCUUUUCUUCUGGAGCAAUAGACUUGCACCAAAAUACCAAUGUCGUUUGUUUGUGUGGAGACCAGUCUAGCUUCUGACUUGGCCUGAGACCAAACACUUACCUUCUUGGCUGUGCAGUAGGCUUGGGUCACUAGAAAGUAGUCCAGUGACAGUGGAAAUUUCUAAGAACCAGAGAUUUACAGGAAAGCCAGUCACAUGUGAGAAUCUGCUACAUCUCUGUGGAAGCAAUGCUGCUUUCAAAUCCUUCCGGAAGUGUUGUUUUUAAGCUAGGGGCAGCUCUCAGUUGUAUGCAUUGUCUGUAAUGAAUUUAAGUGUUUACAGUUGCAUAUACAUGCUGCUAUUUUAUUUUGCACUGUUAUAAAUAUUAAUUGGAUUUUGCUUUGGCAUAUUGUAUUUAAUGAAAGAUUUUGUUUUAAUUUAUUUACCAUUCCAAAUUUCACUUUUGGACUAACCAUAUGCUGGUUUGUAUUAGUCUUAAACCUUCUAUUGUGUCUUACUUGAUGUCUGCUGGUUUAGUUUCAUUGAAGAGCAGUGAUACUUGUUGGAAAUAGUGAUGAUUCCUGGGUGCUUACCUGUUUUGUAAUGAUGGAUAGUGUUUGUACACAGGCAAUUGCUAUGAUGCCCAGUCUGAGUAAAACAUGAGUAAAAGUGCAAGCAAAGUU